AUGCACAGCCACCACCACCACCGUGCGGAUUCCGAUUGCACCUCCCUCCUCUCUAAUCAGCUGCUCCUCCACGUGUUCUCCAAGCUUCCCAUUUGUGACCACCUGACCACUUCCCUCGUCUGCAAGCGUUGGUUGUAUCUUCACGGCCGCUUGGUUCCAUCUCUUAGGCUCCUGGAGUGGCAGUUUCUCGAGUCUGGUCGUCUUUUCGCUCGCUUCCCCCAUCUGACCGAAUUCGAUAUCGUCCGUUCAUGCAUCCUCGUCACUCCAAACCCCGGCGGUGUCUUGUUGAGUUUGUCUCUCGGCGACAAAAUUGAUAUGUUGCCGCCUGAUAGGAUUGACCAAGGGCUCCAGUUGAUCGCCCAGAGGUAUCCGAAGCUGAGGAGAAUCGGUGUCUUGGGUGCGAGCGAGUGCGGGCUGGGCAGCCUAGCCGGCACGUGUCAGGCAUUGCAGGAGCUGGAGCUCCAUUGCUGCGGAGAUUUGUGCUUGAAGGGCGUUUCAGGAUUUGUGAAUUUGCAGGUGGUGAAAUUGAAUUCGAAUUCGAGAGAUGGCUGUGGUAGUGUGGUGUCGGACAUCGGGUUAACCAUUCUAGCGCAAGGUUGCAAGAGGCUAGUAAAGCUCCAACUGUGUGGGUGUGAAGGAAGCUAUGAUGGGAUCAAAGCUAUUGGGCAGUGCUGCCAAAUGCUCGAGGAGUUGACUUUGCGAGACCAUAGGAUGGAUGGUGGUUGGCUGGCUGCUCUGUCUUUCUGUGGGAAUCUCAAGACCUUGAGGCUUGAGUCUUGCAAGGCAAUCGAUUCUGAUCCUGGUCCCGAUGAGCAUCUUGGAGUCUGUCCUAUGCUCGAGGAGCUGCAUUUAGAACGGUGUCAGCUGAGGGAUAGGAAGAGCACAAAGUCUCUGUUUCUGGUUUGUCGACGUGUUCGGGAUAUUGUGCUGCGUAACUGCUGGGGUUUUCAAGAUGAUCUCUUUGCCUUGGCCUCACUCUCUAGGAGAGUGAAGCUACUUUAUCUUGAACAUUGCUCAUUGCUGACGACACAAGGUCUAGAAUCAGUGCUUGUUUCAUGGAAGGAUCUUGAGAGACUAACCGUAGUUUCGUGUAGUAAGAUAAAAGACAGCCAAGUAACUCCACAACUUGCUUCCCUCUUCUCCGUGCUGAAAGAACUCAAGUGGAGACCCGAUACGAGAUCUUUGCUUUCAUCAGAUCUCGACGGCAUCGGAAUGUGGAGACAAGGCGGUAAAUUCUUCACCAGUUCAAAGGGUGCAAGGUAUUAG